AUGUUGAUCUUCUGCCCCAACUGCAGCAAUGCGCUGACCAUCUCCCGUGCUGACUCAAGCAAUGCCUUCCCGAUGGGUGUCAACCGCUUUGAAUGCCGAUCCUGUCCCUUCGAAGCCCCGCUGGACAAACAAUGGUUUGAGAAGACAGAUAUGAAGCAGAAGGAGGUGGAUGAUGUCUUUGGGGGCAAGGAGGAGUUUGCCAACGCUGACAGUGUUGCCACUCAAUGCCCCGCAGAGAACUGCAACGGGGAACGUGCAUACUUCUUCCAGCUGCAGAUUCGCAGUGCAGAUGAACCUAUGACUACAUUCUUGAAGAUUGCGGGAACCCUUUUGGGAUAG